GGUCAAUCCAAUCGUUUGAACACUUAUUUCUCUUAAAACGUCCUUAAGACAAGAAGUAUUGUGUCACAUGUCUUUUGUUUACAUUCGCUGUCCCAGUCGAUUUUGACAACAGUGGUAAUCUAAAUGUGCAAUGCGUCUUCCGUUAGUUAUUUCAGUAAUAGUUGGUGUAGUAGUUUCAUCUGCACUUAAUAUAAAAGAAAUUGAUGUAGAUGGAAACUAUUAUGUACAAUGGGGAGAUAACUUGGCCCUCACCUGUGCACAGGAUACUCCACCCUUCGGAAAAGCUAGCAUUGAUUGGUUUCUCCCUUCACAACCACACAGACCUGUUGGAUAUGGAAAUAAAGCUCAUGUUUACCGACAAGAUCAGUUAGAUUCCAUGGUAUUGGUUUUAGUUGUCCGAUCUGUGAACACAGAUGAUUCCGGAACGUAUACUUGCCGUACAGGAAGACAGGAGGGAAAUCAGUUUAUUGAAAUGGGUCGUAAAAGUGUCAAUGUCAUAGUAAGGAAAAGCAUUGUGGCUACAGACUGUCCGAGAGAUCAAUGGAUUCCUGUAUCAGGAGAGAUUACAAAUUGUUGGGGCAAUGGUACAGAAUGUGGAGUACCUACUGCUACAGUUCGAUGUAUAAUCGAGGCCUUUCCUGCACCUACAAUUCACUGGCGUUUCAAAGGAGUUCAGCUAACUACAGGUACGAAAUAUAUCAUAACAACUUUUGGGAUAACAAUUAUUAACCCAACAACUGAAGAUUCUGGUAUAUUUACUGUGAUUGCCAGACAACCACAACAAACCGCUGUCUUCGAUUUGCAAAUUUCUGCAUUUAGCCGUCCACGUAUAACUUCAGGUCCAUCAAUUGUUAGAACACACAACAAUAUUUUUGUAUCUGGCAGAGAAGCAUAUCUUCAGUGUUUAGCGUCUGGUCAGCCCCCACCUACUAUCCAUUGGUAUCAUGAACGAGACCCGCAAACAGAAUUACAAAAAACAAAUCCGAAAAAGUUUUCAGUGAACACAAAUUUUCGUGUUGGUUUACUGUGGAUUUCAGAAGUAUCUUAUCCUGAGGAUUCAGGCAGCUAUAUAUGCCGGGCUAUUAUUCCAGUUCCUGCAACGUAUUCUGGUUCCACUUUAGUGACAAUAACUGAAGCCCAGAUACCUAUCGAGGUUACACUUCCUCCCACUUUGAUACCGCUCACAACUAUGCAUAGUUAUGUAGAACUGGGAGGUACUGCUACCGUGCAAUGCCGAGUACGUGCUACAACGCCACUAGAAUUAUAUUUCAAGCGUUUUAAUUCAAGCACACCUUACAUAAGCGGUGUCCAACCUGGUGAUAAACGUAUUCGCGUGUGGAGAGAAGAUGAUAUGAAUGAUCCAUUGAAUCAUGACUUAUUUUUAACAAUUGAAAAUACGACUAUAGACGAUACAUGGAACUAUAGUUGUCAUGCAGUUAAUCAAGGUAAUUCUUCCUGGUGGAAUACAACAGUUCAAGUGAUACAAACUCCCCAAAUCUUGUUACAUUCAACAUUAAAUACAGAUAGUGAACUAAGUGGAUUAAGAUUUGGUUGGCGGUAUCAAGGAACCAAUUUAACUUGUAUAUCACGUGGAAUGCCACAUCCAACAUGGACUUGGUAUCGUCGUGGUGAACAAAUAUUAAAUGGACAAAAUUUGACAUUUGUAAUAAUUACCUAUGAUUAUUGGGAUCAUAGUCAAUCAUGGCUUCAAAUUACACCUUGUUUAUACACGGAACAUUUCAUAUAUGAUGAUUAUGUAUGCAAGGCGACAAAUAUCAAAGGGACAAAUGAGAGUAGGGUUAGCUUUCGACGGGCUUCUGUUCCUGGACAACCGAGAUUAGAAAGCUAUUCAGUUACACAAUCAACGAUAUUUUUAAAUGUCAGUCCUCCUAUUAACACUGGAGGUAUGGCGACUUUAGCAUACGAAUUAACUUAUAGAGCUUUCGGUGGGCCUGAAGGAUGGUAUGGCCCUGUUACAUAUCCAUUAGAUGGGUCAAGAAGUUCUGGUAAGCCAAAGUUCGAAUUGACUGGUUUGCUUGGUGAUACUAAUUAUCAGCUAAAGUUAUUGGCACGUAGCAUUGUUGGAUGUGGUAUACCGUACAGUUUUUCAACCACCACUGGUCCUAGUACUCGUCCAGGUCCUGUAGAGGUUAUUCACUCAGCAACCGGAAUUUAUCCGUAUGGACAUGUGGUAAAUUGGAUUCCACCAAUGAGUGGUGGCUCUCCUAUUCUAGGCUAUAGAAUUCGUGUUCGAUCUGUCGAGAAUGACUUGAAUUUAAUUAGUAUGGUAGAAAAUAUUUCACCGUCUAGCUCGUGGAAAGUAUAUACACCAUCAUUCAAUAAUCCUUAUAUGGAUUAUUAUCAUUUGGCUCCAUUGAAACCAGAUCAAACAUAUCAAUUCUAACGUGGUAUGUCAACUUAGGGGAACGCGCAUCUAUACCAGGUUCUAUGCUUGGGAUCUCUGUCUGUCUGAAGAUUUAGUUUGGAAUUUUUAAUAUCGUUUUAAGGAGAGAAGUCAAUUAACUAAGUUUGUGUUUACACUUCUUUUGUCCCUUUUUCUAUAUAGCUCAUCUUAAUAAGACACUUUAUGUUAAAAAUAACUAACGAUAGAUUCUUCACAAAAAAACAUUUAUUUAAAAUACUAAUAAUGCUCUGUACAUUUCUUGAAGACCAUACAUAAUCAAAGCUGAGAUGGUGGAGAAGAUUUGUAGCUCAGGUGGAUGAUGUUGAUAGAGUUUUGUUUUCAGGGCUGGAUGGUUUGGUCACGACUUUUGUACACAUUCCAAAAGUCGAUCAGUAGACCAACUGGUUUAUGUAAUAUUAUUCCUAUUUUUUUCUUUUCUAAUUAAUAUUUUCCAACUACAAUAAAAAAUUUUGUUCUGAAAAUAAGAUUAUCAUAGAAUAUUGUCGUUAUUCUUACUUUUCCUUAAACAUUUGCCCAUUUAAUUUAGUUUAAUUUUCAUUAACUCUCCACUAUCUAUAAAUUGAUCUGAAUUGACCUAAUUAUUGAACUAGUUCAAGUGAAAUUCAUUAGUCAAUAGAAAAUGUUCUGCAUGAGUUCCUUUCAAAAUCAAUAAGAAAUUCAUUGAGAAGCUGUAAAAUUUCCAUGAAAUUGAUUUUUGGUUAUCCUUUUAUUCAAAUUGUAUAAAAAAUAUGUCUAUUACUUGCCAAUGUUUACGUGACCAUUAAUAUAAGCACUGAUCAAUGGUCAGCAAUAAUUAGCAGUCCAUCUGAAGAAGUCCUCGUAAAAAACACUAAAAACGGUAAUCCGUCAUUUUACUAGAGGAAACAAUUUGAAAAGCAUAGUACGGUCAAAAGUACUGAAAAAAUGAGAAAUAUAACUAGUCAUUAAUUACUAACAGAGUUCUGCACAAAGUAGACUAUUUAUUGAGAAUUAUACUUUCAUUGUGUUCACCUGUCGGCAUCAGUUAAAGAUAAGUUACUUGAAAUUAUUGAUUGGGAUUUGGUAUUUACUGGUAAUGAUUUAUGAUACAGCAACACUCGGGAUUAUCUAUCGAUGGAUUUAAAAGCAGUACUAGUGAGGAAAAUGUUGUUCUUCAGAAUAAAACACGAAAUGUUAUAUGCAUGUAUUUCUAGUCACCACAAGCGAUCAUUUUCAACUAGCAUAGAGUCAUCAUGACCCUCAAGGUUGAGUAAGACAGGCAUAUUGCGUUUUCUUAGAUUUGUAGUGACUGUUUAGCUGAUAAUAUCAUUUAACAAAAAUGGACUUCAAACACAACUGCAAUUUAAUUAACUUAUUGUGGAUUAACACUAUAAAGUGUUAAUUCUUUUAUAAUUUUAUUCAUUUUAGUUAAUUGUAGAGGCUUAUAAUCGCCAUGGUUACUCUUUAGAUGGUGUUGAUAUUGAACAAUAUGGUUAUUUAAAUCGCACACCGACAUCAACACCUCAGCUUCAACAAAUAUUUCCCGGUGAAAGAUUAAAUUAUCAAAAUUCUGAUAAAUUGUCAAAUUCUGUUAAUUCGUUAAUGAAUUUCAAACAGUCUGAUCUUGUUCCCAUAUGGUAUUUAUUUGCUACACCAUCAGCUGAUGAAUUAGUUCCUCCAUCACUUAUGUUUAAUGAUAGUUCAUCUACUCAUAAAUCUUUUCAAAUUGUUUUAUUCCUAGGAAUUCAUACUUUUAUUGCAUAUAUGUUCUAUUAAGCGAUAAACCAUUUGUCAUACAUAGUCCCCCUUGUUUAUCAGUAAUUUUUAUUCAGCAUUUUGUAUUCAGAUUAAGCGUUUUUUUAAUCCUUUUGUAAUGACUUUAUUUAUGACAGUUUUUGCAUACAAGUAACUAAUUUUGGCAUUUACAAUUUCAUUUACGCUUAAUAUGUUAUCUUCAUUAUUAUUUUUUUAAAAAAAAGGAUCUUUACUGUAUGUAUUAUAUUCAGUACUUUUCUAUUAUGUUAAUCAUCGAUUGGAAUAAAUUUCUACUGAUCAAAAUAUUUAAUUGAAUCUUAAUAGUUAUCAUCACAAUUUUUCAUUCUUUACAAUCGUUUACUGAACAGAUGGUUUCUUAUUUGAUGGUGUGAAUCAAUAGUUUGCGUGAUUUCCUUACAAGUUCUAAUAUUAAUUAUCAUCAUUAUUAUUUUCACCUCAUUUUCUUUGUCUUUUUUUAAUAUUUUCGUAAUUUAUAAUUUUCGUCAACGUUAUUAUGUAGUUCUAUUCAAUUUGUAUGUAUUUGAAAUUAGUUAAUAUCACGAGCAAAUUUUGGCCAGACAAUAGUUGAAUAAUAAGGAGCACUAAAGAAACUGCUGACUAUGUACUACUCUAUGAUUUGGGAUAAGUAUCACUUAUAGAGGAGAAUAUUCUGAAUUAAAUAAAAGCAGUACUGGGUCUUUAAUUUGGUUACCUAAAAGAAUCCAUUCGCUGUUAUAUCCAAAUGUGCUGGGUUCAAUCCUUGGGGUGAGGAUAGUCCCUUUCUAGAUCGAAAAAGCUGUUCAUCGUGUCUUUUAUAAUGGUUGUUAGUUUUGCAAACUAUUUGUUAAGUUCAAUAUUCUCCAGAUCUCUACGGCGUUUAUUUUGUUCAGAGUGAUUUAGUAAGAUUCUAGGUCAAAAAAUUAUCAUCUGGAACUGAAAAACUACCGACUAGGAUUCCUAAGGUUAAACACCCACUGCGAGAUAUGGAAAUCAUGAGCUCACUCCUCAGUGGGGUAAUGGAUCUGUUGUGCUGACGAGCUUCAUUUUAGGGCUGAAUAACUAUCUAACGCUCCCCAGUUGUCUAACUAAGUUGACAUUUCUAUAUAAACUAUGAAACUCAAUAAUCUCCACAACACAGCUUAAACUGAUACAAAUAGAAUUAGUUAGUCAGCCAGUCAUAAACUAGCAUAAAUGAGGGGUAAAUAUAGAUCAACUCAAUUAAUCAAUUUAUAUUUAUCUGCAGGAGAGGAAGUUUGCGACUUAAUAAACUGCAUCGAAAUAAUAAGAGAUGCCAAGAGUAGUAACUAAACAUGAUAAAAUUUGAAAAGUACAUGAUGAGUCAUGUAGGAGAUUUAAAUAAUACUGAAAAUUAAGAUUUAGACACAAUAUGUUCGUUUCAACAGAUUUCAAGCUGUGUAACUAAAGUCAUAUAUUCCAUGUAAGUUGUACAUAAUGAGGAGUCAUCAAUAAGUUGUCGUAACUUAUUUUGCCCUUAAUGGAUACUUCAAAAACGUUGAAAUGUACCAAUAGCCAUGCCAAUGGGAAAAACUGAACAUUAUUCUUCAUGUGAAUCUUCCGUUAAAUCCAGUCGAUUCUGUUUAUCAUAAUAGAUGAAUGAGUUGUUCUUGAAUACAAGAGAUAGAUCACUAAGGUAGGGUAUUUAUGGAGAUUGUAGAUUUUUCAGUUUGAAUCACGGAUUGAUCUCAGCUAGACCAUUACCGGAAGCCUAGAAGCACUGGAUGGCUGUCUCGUCCUAGUAUGGGACUCCCAAACGGUCCUCAUAAGCAACCCUGCAAAAGGAAAUCGAACCCAGGACCCCCAGUCUCGAGCGUAAACGCUUAACUACGUAGAUGAGUACCUCUGAAGAGGCCGGUGCUAUGACAAAACGGCUUUCCAAGUUUUCAAUGAUAGUAUAUCUGAUAUCAGUUAAUGAUUUAAGCUAUGGGUAAAAUGUAUGGUUAGUAGUUGGACAACUGUGAAUCAAUUAUGAUGUCUACAGACUUAUUAAAGUAGAAUUGUAUAAAUAAAAUAUAUUUCCCAUAUAUUGUUGAAGAUAUUACCAUGUUGAUAUUUUCUGAUGAGUCAAGAACAAUAUUUCCUUUCAGAUGUUUACUAUUUUUGUUAAAUAAUCACUUGAAAUGUUUAAUGCCUUGAAAAUUAUGUGCUUAUUUUUCUUAUACAAAAAUAGUUCACUUAUUAAUUCAAUACUUUCUCAUUUUUCACCAUCUCAAAUAUAUAAAGUUGGUGUAUUCUGAAAGUUUCUUGGUACUUAAAUUAUAAAUUUAUUAGCCUGGAUUGCUUUCUUCACUUUCUAGCAUUUCACAACUGUUUUACAUUAGCUUAC